AGGGAAAAAGGAGGCAGCAGAGUUAAUGUCGUUACUCUGGGGGAGCUAGAGCUGGGCAGAAACCUGCUGGAUUUUAACCAGGCUUGGGCUUCUUCUUUCUUCCUCUUUGUUUUUCAUGCACUUCCUCACCCACGCCAGAGCGAGGAUAAUUGUGCUAAUUGUGAAUUGGAGACCUUGGCUUCGUCCUUCCCUGAGCCCUGCUGGGCAGUGCAGCGCUGGUGUCACACGAAAUUACAGCGGCUCUGCUCUUCUGACAGGGAGCAGAAAGUUGUUUAGGAGGAAGUUCCCAGAAUUAACGACCAGGCUCUGCCUGUUUACGAGGUGUGCCUUGCAAAUGUGAUGGAACCCUGCAAACCACAAGAGAAGGAGCAGAACCUGGGUCUGGUCACUGUGAGGAGCCCAGUGCCAGGGACUGGCUUGACGAAAGCAGGAGAACAGCCCUGAGUGCUCAGGCACCUGUGACUCCACGAGUUCCCUGUCUCAGGGGCUUUGAGAAGAGAGCAGUUAAUUUAAAAAUGGGGGGAAAAAAAAGGGACACAGAGCAAUGUUCCCUGUCAGAAAAUCCUGUGAGUUAAGUUGUGUGAGUGAGUGAGUGGAGCUGCCCUGCCUUGGGGGUGGUUGUCUUUUGGGGUGUGGUGAGAGAAAAGCACAGAUUUGUAGUGGCAGUCGGGAUUUGGGAUGGGCAGGAGCUGCCAGGGCUUUGAGGAGGGCCCUGUCCUUGUGCACUCACCAUAUCCCAGCUGGAGCUGCAGCAGCUCCAGCCCCUUUUUUUAGCAGCUCUCUGCAGAGAUUUGAAUGGAGGAAAUGCUCUGGGGAUUGGAUCUUGCUGCGAAGCACAGAGGCCAUCGGAUUCAGCUUGUUUAUCAGCCAAGCCUUCUGCAGCAUGAAGGCAGGAAUACGAACCACCAGCGACUGACAGAUGAAAAUACCGAGCUUCCUCAGCCACGGGUGUUUCUCUUUUUCCCCUGACAAACGAGCCCUUGUGAUUUGCAGCUUGGGAAGCCCACGGGCCGGCAUCUCAUGGUGCUUGAGUGGAGACUUAGACCCAUCAAAGCAGCUGAACGUCCUGGAAUUGUGAUAGUCCACGUGUACCUCCAGGCAUUUCCUGCCCUCCGAGUUCAGCCGAGUGUCUGCAUGGGUCUAAAUAAUAAAACAUAUGAGUUCACUGCCGUGUGCCCAGAAUUUUAAGGCCGCAGCCCUUGGCCAGCUCUUGUAUGAACCGCUUCCAUCGGGGCAGUAAUCCAGGAAGCUACGAGCACGAACUGCUUGGCUGAUGGAAGUCUGUGGUUUGGGGAAGAAAGGAAAGCUGUUUUUUCCCGUGUGUUCAUCCCUUCUGUGGUCUCUGCUGGGAGGGGAGAGCUCCAGCAGGUACCACAGGCUCUGAGGAGCUCCUGCUCCACGGGGAGCUCCUGCGGCGUGCCCGCACUCAGGUGUCUGAGGAGUUAAUAAUGAAAUGACUGAAAAUACGCACGGUUUCCGCUGCUGUUCUGAGGGAAAGGAAAUCUCACUCUGUAAGAUGUUAUCUUCAAUGGAACCAUCCUUUGGCAGAAGAGUUGUCACCAGCUGUGCCAGCGAGUGACCGCUUCGCAGAGGAGGGGCCGGCAGCGGGUCUGGCAUGGGAGGAUGAGGAGCGAGCAGAGAAAAAUGUUGUGUUUGUUCCCUGCACUGAGCAAAGCGAUUCUCCUGUGGUGGAAAUGCGUGACCCUGGGUGAGCUGCUCCCAGUGUGACUCGGGAAUCCCCCUCAGGGUUUCUGGGGGCUCCAGCUCUGCUUUGUGGAGCUCCAAGCCCUUGUGCUGAGGGCAGAGCUCACCUGCCCGGGGCAGCUGUGUGAGCAGCAGCGAGGGAAGGGAAGGGAAGGCAGGAGAUGCUUUGCACACCCGGCUCCAGACAGAACUGAGUCAUUUGUCGAGGCUGACGCUCUGGGAGCUGCUUGCCUGGGGCUGGCACGGCUCAGGCAGGAGAGUGAGAAUGCAGCCAUCCAGAUACACACAGAGGAGAGAAAAGUAACAGCUCCCAACAUGUGACUGCAAUGGAAAUAAAAAAAACAAACCCACCACCCAUCCCCAGUUAAAGCCAUGUGUGUUGGUGGAUGGAGCUGCUCCUGAAGGGUUGGUGGAGGCUGUUUGUGCAGCACAAAUACAGCCUCUCAGGAAUGCCCUGGAUUAGAACAGGCUGGCUCCUCCAGCGCCCCAAACCCCUGUGGAAAGAGGGCUGUUCCUGCGUGGCAGCAGCUCCCCCAGCCCACCACCCUUAGGGGUUAAGGAUGGAGGCAUCCUGCCUGGAGCUGGCCCUGGAAGGAGAGCGCUUGUGUAAGGCUGGGGACUUCAAAGCUGGGGCAGCCUUCUUCGAAGCAGCAGUGCAGGUGGGGACAGAGGACCUGAAGACUCUCAGUGCCAUCUACAGCCAGCUGGGCAAUGCCUAUUUCUACCUAAAGGAGUAUUCCAAGGCCCUGCUGUACCACAAACACGACCUUACCCUGGCCAGAACCAUUGGGGACCGAAUUGGAGAAGCCAAAGCAAGUGGCAACCUUGGGAAUACCCUGAAAAUACUGGGGCAGUUUGAUGAAGCUGUGGUGUGCUGCCAGAGGCACUUGGACAUUUCUCGGGAGCAGGGAGACAAGGUAGGUGAAGCCAGAGCUCUCUAUAACAUAGGGAAUGUUUACCAUGCAAAGGGAAAGCACUUAUCCUGGAGCACGGCCCAGGACCCGGGCUACCUGCCUCAGGAGGUCAAGGACACACUACAGAAAGCUUCAGAAUAUUAUGAGAGGAACCUGUCCCUGGUGAAGGAGCUGGGGGACAGAGCUGCUCAGGGCCGGGCUUACGGCAACCUCGGCAACACCCAGUACUUACUGGGCAACUUCAGCGAGGCCAUCGCCUUCCACAAGGAGCGCCUGGCCAUCGCCAAGGAGUUCGGGGACAAGGCAGCCGAGCGCAGAGCCUACAGCAACCUGGGCAACGCCCACAUCUUCCUGGGCAGGUUCGACGUCUCCGCAGAGUACUACAAGAAAACGCUCCAGCUCUCCAGACAGCUCAGAGACCAAGCAGUAGAAGCCCAAGCUUGCUACAGCCUGGGGAACACGUGCACGCUGCUUCAGGACUAUGAAAAAGCCAUCGAGUACCACCUGAGGCACCUGGUGAUAGCACAGGAGCUGGGAGACAGGGUGGGAGAAGGAAGAGCCUGCUGGAGUCUUGGCAAUGCCUACGUGUCCCUGGGGAGGCACGAACAGGCUCUGCACUUUGCGAGGAAACACCUCGAGAUCUCCCGAGAGAUCGGGGACAGGAGCGGGGAGCUGGCGGCGCAGGUGAACAUGGCCCAGCUCAGGGCAGCCCUUGGCUUGGGCUCCGGGGACGAGGACGUGGCUGCAGCUCAUCCCUACUCCGGCUACGAGGCACAAGGAGCCAGGCCAAAGAGACCCCAGAGGAGCAGCAUGGACAGCUUAGACCUCCUCAAGUUCCCUUCUGAAAAGGACCAGAAUGGGGACAGCCACCACGUGGGAGAGCUGAAGAUCUCAGGAAAAGAGUUCUUGUCGUUACCUGCGAGAACGAAGAAAUACCGGGAGCACCAACCCAGCUCGGAGAGGAAAACCCAGGGAUCAAAUUCAUCCCCUCUGGAUGCUGGGGAAGUCCGAGUCCAGGUGCCACAGUCGAAAAUCAACCGGACCCCUUCGGACGAGGAAUGCUUCUUUGACCUGUUGAGCAAGUUCCAGAGCAACCGGAUGGAUGAUCAGCGCUGCCCGUUGGAGGAGUGCCCAGCCGAGGCUGCGGAGGCAGCUGCCACGCGGGUCCCUGCCCUGGGAGAGCGGAUAUCACAAUCCACCCUGAUGGCGUCUCCGCAGACAGAGGAGUUCUUCGACCUCAUUGCCAGCUCCCAGAGCAGGCGCCUGGAUGACCAACGUGCCAACGUGGGCAACCUGCCCGGCCUGCGGAUAACCCACAACAACCUGGGCCACCUGCGCGUGGAGGGGGACGCCCAGGAGCCCGGGGACGAGUUCUUCAACAUGCUCAUGAAGUGUCAGUCCUCCAGGAUCGAUGACCAGCGCUGUGCCCCCCCAGACUCCAUCCCCCGUGGCCCCACCAUGCCUGACGAAGACUUUUUCAGCCUCAUCCAGCGCGUCCAGGCCAAACGCAUGGACGAGCAGCGUGUGGAUUUGGCCUCGGCCCAGGAGGAGGCCGAGGAGGAGCAGCAGAGACCUGGUUCCAGCUAAGAACUGGGCUUUGGUCUGGGGGGGGUUGUUUCAGCUUUAUUUUGUUUUUUAAAAAGGAAAAAACAGAGUAGGUGGUUUCAUGCCCGAGUGCUCCUGUGCUCCCAGUCUUGUCCAGGGAGCUGCACGUCCAUCGUGCUCCUAGGGGAGAGCCCAACGGAUGGGGACAAUUUUUAAAUAAGGAGGGUUUUUUAGGACACUGGGCUACUGUAACACUGGGCACAGCACCUGGAAGACUUUAGCAGCCCCUUGCUGAUCACCUAAAACCCCAGGAACCUGGAGGAGCCCACAGGGGCUGGUUAACUCCAGCCUUGAUGUCUUUUAUUUCCACAACAUUUUUAUUUAAACAGGGAAAAGGAAGAACACCUUUUCCAUUUUGAAUUCCUCCUGUCUUCCCUGACACAAAUGGUUCUGGAUCCUUCUCUGGAACAUCUUGUUCAGCUUUGUUCCUUCUGCAGGAGAAAAAGAGCCCAAGUCCUUUAAACCUUUCUCCACCCCAGCUGCAUCGCAGUCUCACACACCUGAGUGUAUUUUAGGUUUGCUGAGGACUCUCUGGAGAGCCCUGGACAUUCUCUGCUUCCAGCCGCAGCCCUGCAGGGGCAAAGCCUGGCUCAGCCUGAGCUUUAGUGGGAUUCGUUACCUCUGGAGCCCACUGCAGCCCCAUGGCAGGAGCUGUUCCUGUGCAGGGGGAAGGAGGAAAGAGGUCUCUGCCCCCCGUGUUCAGCCCACGGCAGCCAGGGACAGCUCCUGGUGCCACUGAGCCAAUGUGAGGGUGGCCAGGACAGAACCUGUGUGUGACAGGGCCCUGCUUCAACAGCCAGCAAAGCUUUCUGCCCAUGGCUCCUGCCUCCUUCCUUCCGUGUCCAACAGCAGCACGGGCCAAAGGCCCUUCCCUUCUCUUGUUUCUCCCCAGACCAGCACUGAGCUGCUCCCGGUGAGGCCCUGGCACCUCAGGAGAGUCCCAGCCUGGGGGGGAUGGCUGGGAACUCACAUUUACUGUCAUUCUUACCCCUUUUGGACCAGCUGGAAAAGCUGGAGGAGGGGAGCAGAGACCUGCCUUGAGGAGGUGAAGUAUUUUUCCUUUACGUGACCACAGCCUAUGCUGGACUUCAGAAACUCCAGCGCCAAGUUGUGCCGAAGCAAAGAAUAAAUCAGCACUUUCGAUUCGAAACGUGUUUGACGGAAACAUUCCCAUCCAGCAGGGAGAUAUUUUCACACCAGUGAUGCUGCUCAUGGGGCAUUUACCCUGCCUGCACUGACCAUGUGGAGUGGUAGCUGCCGUUUACCUGCCACCUGGGAGCACUCACCUGCUGCUUGGCCGAGGCUGGGCAGAGCUCUGGAGAGGGGAGAGGAGGAGCUGCCCGUCCCCUACCUACCAGCCAAGCUGGCAUUUGUAAAAGAGGAAAACAUUGAUGAUGAUGAUGACCUGACCAGCUGCAGGCUCAGGCCUGUGCAGCUCUUAGCCAGGUGGUGAACUGGAACCUGACCAUUAAGCUUUCAGAGGUAUUAUUUGCCAUAUACUUGAAUGUAUGAGCUUAUUUAUUUUUUACAUGUGCAUUUGCUAAUGUCAUUUUAAUGGGGACUUUCCAACCCACAGGUACUUGUGUUUUUUUCUAAAAAAAUAAUCUGCCAAAUGGAUUAAUAUAUUAGAAAUGAAUACAGCUCAAGGGGAAGGGGUGGGGGGAAUUGUGCUUAAUAAAUAUUUGUGUCUAAGCUUCA